AUGGCGGCGCUACUUCCCAAGGCGACCGCGGCAAGCUGGAGGCCACCAGCUCCGCGCGCCGCCACGCGACUAUGCCUGGUCAACCCGCUGCGACGCGACCCGAGGAGGAUGAAGACGGAUGGACGAAGGUACUACAGAAGAAGCGUGCAGCUCCGGCGAAUCCAACUCGCCCAGCGACCUGCAUUCAUGGAAGCCCUGAGAGGUAAAUGCAUCCGAUGCCCUGCUGUUGGCCACCGUGCAGCAGAAUGUAGAGAGCCGGUCCGCUGCAUCAGUUGCAGGAGGUUCGGCCAUAAAAGCCAGGGACUGCAACCAAGCUCCGCAUCGCUCUGCUCGGCGCCCGCCUGCUCCCGCUGCUCCGCCCCCACCGGACCCCAGCGAGUUCCCACCCCUACCGUGCCGCACCAUGCCAGCCCCUGGGCACCCCGCGACCCGCCCAGAGGUCACCAGCGCAGUGGUGGCUGCGACCGACGCGAUGGAAGAAGAAGCUGUGCGCCUAUCUUCCUGCGCCGUGGUGCUCGGUCAAUGCGGAGGCCACGGCGAUGUGAAAACAGAGGAGGUUGCGAAGGCGCUCCGGACCUGCUUCGGAGUCCAGCGGGGAGACGUCAGGGUGUCACGACACCGGCCGGAAAAUCUUCCUCUCCAUCUUCAAGUACCCGCACCACCGUGACACCGCGGUGGGCAACCUUGAAUUCUGCAUUUGGCCCUGGCGCAUUGUCCCCUACGAUGACAAUGAACGCCGCGGCCGCCGUGAUGGAAAGAGCGAGCGCUGGGGAGCAAGCCUGCUCCGAAGCCUCUCUCGUGCCCCCGAGCGGACGAGUGAGAGAGAACGCUCUGAGUCAAGGCAUGGCCAACCGCGCCCGACGGACGCCGCAGGUACACCCAGCGCACAGCAGUCCACGGCACCAGCGACGUCGGCCCGCAAGCUGCCCCGGCAGACAGUCCCCACCCCCAGCGGCCCCAACUCACCACGUCGACGCGUCAGCCAGUGGGGUGCGGAUCGGCCAGGUGCUCCUCGUCGACACGGCGACACCAGAGAUGGAGCCCCAUGGGGAGAUGACGUCCCCACCUACCCAGCCGUGCGAUCAGCUGCUCCAUUCGACACGGCAGGAAGGUGUCAACCCCAUCUCGUCGCCUGUUUCAGAGCCCAAUGGAACCCUGCCACAGGGCGCGAGGGAAGGGGGCCUGCAAGCGAUCCCUGCGAAGGUGGACGCAGGGGCUACAGCGUUUGCUCCCACGGCAACGCCACCUGCAUCGCCGGAAACAAAGCUACAGAAUGUUGAUGCGGCCGUCGUCAAGCGGACAGUGGGUGCCAAAUUCACAGACAACUUCAUUGUGCUACCUGCAGCCCAAACUAGAGGUGGCGUCCUUCUAGCGGCGAAUGAGGAUUACUCCCAGCUAUCAGACGUCCAUCUAUCUACACACGCCGUGACAGCAACCUGCACCAUGAAGGCUGAUGGGAUCAAAUGGCAGAUUAUUGUGGUAUAUGGACCACAAGGUGAUGCUGAAAAACUGCAAUUCCUCCAAGAGCUCAAAUCAAUUCCCAGGCCAGCUCAUGGAAGGUGGCUGAUCCUUGGGGAUUUCAACUUGAUCUACCAGGUGGAAGAUAAAAACAAUGUGAAUCUAAACCGUCGUCUAAUGGGUGCCUUCAAAGCAGUAAUCGACGAAUUGAACCUAAAAGAAAUAGACCACACCCCGCUUCUCCUGCAAGGGGACAUAGAGCACUACCAAAAUUCAACCUUCCAAUUCGAGAAUUUUUGGGUGAAUAUGGAUGGGUUCAAGGAGAUGGUUCAACAGGUUUGGAGCAAACCGGUCCACUCUACCUUACCUCUCAAGCGGCUGAACACAAAAUUGGCAAGGCUAGCAAAAGGCAUCAGGAGGUGGCGCAGAGAGAAGGUUGGGGACACGCGGCUGCAGUUGGCCAUUGUUAAAGAGGUCCUGUUACAAUUGGUAGCGGCACAGGAGAACAGGCUGCUCACGAACCAAGAAAACGAACUGCGCCGACGCUUAAAAGCAAGGAGCACCGAACUUGCAGCCAUAGAAAAAUCCAGGAUCCGGCAGCGGUCGAGAUUGGCAUACAUCCGCAGCGGGGAUGCAAACACAAAAUAUUUCCACAUCAGGGCCAGCACAAGAUUAAGGAAAAACUACAUCCACUCUCUACACACGGAUGGGGGCGUGGCAGUAGUGCACAAUGACAAGGAAAAAGUGAUCACUACAUCUACACAAGUACAGGAGUUCGUUGACCUAUGGGUCAGAUUACUAAAUGUGCGGCUGCAGGAUGAUGUGCAAGACUCAAUCACUUGGAAGUGGACGCCUGAUGGUAUUUACUCCACUCGCUCGGCAUAUAAAAUACAAUUACGUGGCUCACAUUGA